CUCCAUUGGCCAACAACACACACAAACACAAGUGUAAGUCUUAGAGAAGUAAGAAGAAGAAGGAAAAAAAAAUGGCCAAAUUGUUCAUGGCUUUGCUCUUGGCUCUUGUAGCCACUCAUGCCCUAGCUCGACCUACCCCGGACACCACCUUCAAUGACCAAAAGAACUUCCUGACCUACGGUGGCCUCGGUGCCUACUCCGGCAUCGGCAGCAACGGCCUCCCGUUCGGUGGGGUGGGAGGUGCCAUGGGAGGAACUGGCCUCGGUGGCGGUCUUGGUGGUGGUCUCGGUGGCGCUACUGGACUUGGUGGACUGGGAGGCUCUGGAGGUGGAGCUGCGGGUGGACUCGGGGGCGGAGCUGGUGGAGGAGCUGGUGCCGGAGUUGGUGUUGGUGGUGGUUCUGGUCUUACUAAUCCUUAAAGUUAUUCAGUCUUGUUUGAUUUCCACCCAAAAUGUUAUUAGGGUAUGAAGUUUAGUUAUUUAGCUUUUAAGUGGAGUAUUAUGAACCUAUGCGUUAUUAUGUUUUCUUCCUUUAAUUCAUGAGAAUUUCAUUAAAUUAUUUUGUUUGAUGUUGUAUUACGUUGUUGGUUUCAGUUGAUUUGAAUUGCCAAUAUUUUUUUUAA